GCCGCUCCGGGCCGGUAGGGACAGUGGCGGCGGCGGCGGCGGAAGGGGAGGUGCGGCGGCGGCGGGGCGGCCAUGGCGGAGCCCGCCCGGGAGGAGCUCUCGGCCUUGGCCGCGAUUUUCUGCGGGCCCGACGAGUGGAAAGUGCUGAGUCGCUCAGAGACAGAUGGGACUGUGUUCAGAAUUCUCACAAAAGCCGAAGGACUUAUGGGUGCGGAUGUACCUUUAGAAUUGGUGUUCCAUUUGCCACUCAAUUACCCUUCGUGUCUACCUGGUAUCUCGGUCCACUCUGAACACCUGACCCGGGCCCAGUCCGUGACUGUGAAAGAGAAGUUACUUAAGCAAGCAGAGAACCUUUUGUCGGAACCUAUGGUUCACGAGCUGGUUCUCUGGAUUCAGCAGAAUCUCAGGCACGUCCUCAACCAACCAGACACUGGAAGUGGCAGUGCAAAGUGUACUUUUGCAACAGGCACGAUUGUGGAUGAUGGACCGUGGCUAACUCUUGUGCAUUUAGAUCACAUGAGAGCAAAGACCAAAUAUGUCAAAACUGUUGAGACGUGGGCUUCCGAUUUAAAGCUGACAGGAAGACUGAUGUUCAUGGGUAAAAUGAUACUGAUUUUACUACAAGGAGACAGAAGCAAUAUCAAGGAGUACCUGAUUCUUCAGAAAACCUCCAAAGUAGAUGUGGACUCAAGUGGAAAGAAAUGCAAAGAGAAAAUGAUUAGUGUACUGUUUGAAACAAAAGUACAGACAGAACACAAAAGGUUUCUGGCAUUUGAAGUCAAAGAGUAUUCAUCGUUGGAUGAGUUACAAAAGGAAUUUGAAACUGCAGGACUUAAGAAGCUUUUCUCUGAAUUUGUGCUCAGGCUGGUAAAAUGAAACGAAAGACAGGAAUCUCUUAGUAAGACAGCACUGGUGUUUUGUUUUGUUUGUGUUUUACGGUGGGUUUGGGGAAUGGCUAAUUGAAAUCCUCAUAAGAAAACAAUUUUAAAGUUUCUCUGAAGCAAAAUGAUAGACACCAUUCUAACUUCAGGGGAAAAAAAAAGCCCAUUUUGUUUAUGGACUAUUAAACAGUAAAAACACCCAUGUAUUCUAAUUUUUGCAAGUAAAGGCUAGGUUCAAUAGAUGGAACGUUACUGAAAGAUAAAUAUAAAAUGAUGAUGGUAAAUGAGCCCUUGUGAUUAUAUAGAGGAUUUGUUUGGAACUGUGCAAUUUUCUGGCCAAUUUUCUUGUAAUUAAAUGAAUUUUUUAAAGAUUUGUUUUCAUGUUCACUUUAUUUCAUGUUUACAUUUUUAGCAUUUGAUCACGAUUUUCCCCCAUUCAGCUUAUUAUGUCUGAUGUUUUAAGUUGAAUGUUAAGAAAAAUAUAACACUGAUUUCUUUGUGAAAGUGCAUAAACUGUUAGUUUAAAUACAAACCAAAGAAGUUCUAUA